GUAAUCAGUCUGCGGUAAAACUGCGGAUGUGGUAGGUACAGUCACCCGUAAGAAUUUUUAAUUUUUUUAUCGGUAUUGAUAGGGCCCGCCCAGAAAAGAUCUUUGUCAAAACAAACAACAACCACUCUACGAUAAUCCAGCAUCAUGGCUAAAGCAAGGACCACAUCGAAACAUUCCCGCGCCGCCAGACGGGAUAUUUCCCCGAGCGCCGACGUCGACAAGUCGUUGUUGUCUGCACCUCGCGCUGAAACGACAGUCAUUCAGCGUGACUCCAUCCUCUCCGAACGUGCGAAUGCUGGUAUCUCAAAGAAGCAACCGAAGCCCAAGAAUAUGUCAAGGGCCCAGCGCCAAAGGCAACAGAAGGGCAUGGAAAAAGCAGAAAUGGUGCUUGAUCAGUUGGAGAAUAAGGUGGCUAAGAGUGUUAAGAGGGGCAAGAACGUGCAAGCACGUAGGGCCGACUGGGAAGACAUGAACCGCAAAUCGUCCAAGUUUGAAGCCCUUCAACUGAUCGCCGACGGCGACAAUGAUGAUGAUGAUAAUGAUGAUGAUAAUGAUGAUAAUGCUAUGGUCGACGAUUCUGCACCUAAGUCGCGGGAAUCGAAGCCCGCACGUGUGAUGCAAAACCCGGUGGCUGAUGACCACACCGGCAAUGACGAGGAUGAAGAGAUCACUUGA